AUGUCCAUGUCCACAAUUCCCAACCUCGUAUUCGGUGGAGCUAGCAUCUCUGCCGAUGAGGGAAGUUUUACCAAUGCCGCAGAGGUAUCGGGCUUGCUUGAGGUUCUUAAAGCGGAAGGUAUAAACCAAGUCGACACCGCGCAAUCGUACGGUGGCGGUACCAGCGAGGAGCUCAUUGGGCAAGCCGAGGGAUUGUCCGACUUCUUUAUCGACACCAAGCACAUCGGAGGAUGGGCCCCAGGAAGCUCAUCCCGAGAGGAAAUCUUCGCGAGAGCAGUAGCCAGUCUGACAAGACUGGGACUUGAGAAAGUCAAUAACUUUUACAUUCACGCGCCGGAUCCGGCGAUCCCUCUCGAGGACACCCUUGCCGGCAUCGACGAUCUCUACCGCGCGGGCAAGUUCAAUCACUUCGGGCUGUCCAACUUUCACGCCCAUGAGGUUCGCGAAGUGGUCCGCGUUGCCGCGGAGAAGAACUAUGUCCUCCCCACGGUGUACCAGGGGAACUACAGCGCGAUUGCUCGCCAGCUCGAAAAGGACGUGCUCCCGACUCUGCGGGAAUGUGGGAUUGCAUUCUACGCCUACAGCCCUAUUGCUGGGGGAUUCCUCACCAAAACCACCGAACAGCUGACGUCCGGUCCCAAGGGCGAGGGCCGCUGGAAUCCGCAGACAAAAAUGGGCUCGUUCUACCACCUGCUGUACGGCAAGCCAGUCUUCUUUGAGGCACUGGAUAAAUGGAACGAUAUAUCUCAGGCAACUGGGAUCGCGAAGGCUGCGCUGGCAUAUCGAUGGGUGGCAUUUCAUUCUGGCCUGGAUGCGCGACUUGGUGACUCGCUUGUAAUUGGAGCGAGCAGUCUGGAUCAGGUGAAAAGAACUGUUGCUGCACUCAAGGAAGGGCCUCUGCCUGAGACGGUGGCAAAACAGAUUUCGGACCUCUGGGAGAUCGUGAAAAACGAUGCGGUUGCUAAUAACUUUGACGUGGUUAGAUCAACCUAA